AUGUCCUUGUGUCAGAAUCGCCUUCAGGAGGAGAGAAAGCAAUGGCGUCGUGAUCACCCAUUCGGAUUUUUCGCAAAGCCUGUUCGAACUACUCAAGGAGUUCUGGACUUGAAGAAGUGGGAAUGCGGAGUGCCCGGCAAAGACAAGACGCUCUGGGAAGGUGGCCUUUUCAAACUAGAUGUGCUUUUCCCGGAUGAGUAUCCUACAAAGCCUCCAAAGUGCAAAUUCGUUCCCCCGCUUUUCCACCCCAACGUCUAUCCCUCUGGUACUGUUUGCCUGUCAAUUUUGAACGAAGAAGAGGGGUGGAAGCCAGCCAUCACCAUCAAACAGAUCCUCCUCGGCAUCCAAGAUCUGCUCAACGACCCAAACCCCGACUCGCCGGCGCAAGCCGAUGCCUACAACUUGUUCAAGAGAGAUCGCCAGGCUUACGAGAAGAAGGUCAAAGCCAUUGUGAAAGAUAAUCCAGCACCAUGA